AUGGCCUUCUCAGCCCUUGCAUGGACGGCGGCAAUUGCCAUUCCAGCUGUCUUUGCGCAGGAUAGAGAAUCCGACCGGUCAAAAUCCCCGAAGAUAGCCCCUCGGAUGCAACACGAUUCACACAACACGACACACUGGCCCACUAAACCUCUUCCUUGGGGCGAGAUAAAUUUUAUUCAUACAACUGAUACGCAUGGAUGGCUCGAAGGGCAUGCGAAUGAGGUAAAUUACGGUGCUGAUUGGGGUGAUUUUGUUUCGUUUGUGACGCACAUGCGUGACAAGGCUGAUCAACAAAACGUUGAUCUUCUCGUUGUGGACACUGGCGACAUUGUGACUGGCAAUGGCCUCAGUGAUAUCUCAACUCCCGAAGGCCAGCUAUCUAAUCCAAUUUUCCGCUAUCUGGACUAUGACCUACUCACCAUCGGUAACAACGAUCUUUAUGAUCCAAACGUUACUCGUCAGAUAGAAAAUGACUUAGUGAGCUACUAUGAGGAUCGUUAUCUAACCAGCAACGUUCUUGUGGAAGAGGAUGGCAAAAAUACAUCCAUUGGGGAAAAGUACAAAUAUAUCACUACAAAGCACGGCUUGCGGAUCAUGGCAUUCGGAUUCACUCUUCAGGACUUCAAUUCCCCUCCAGGCCUCUAUGUCCAGGGAGAAGAAGAGAUAACAAAUGAAGAAUGGUUCAACGACGCAAUGAACAAGACUGUGGACCUCUAUCUGCUUAUUGGACAUGCUGAUAUUGGGCAGAGCUGCAAGAUCAAAACCAAAUACCAUGGAGACCAAAAUCCCUUGAUUUGUAUGAAGGACUGGUUCAGAGAGAACAAGCCUGAGAUUCCCCUUCAGGUUCUAGGUGGCCAUACACACGUGCGCAACUUCACAUGCUAUGACAGCGGAUCGUCUGGCCUCGAAUCUGGCCGAUACUCUGACACAGUGGGAUGGCUUGCUCUCAGCGGUGUGGCGCCCUCGGACACUUGGAACGGAUCUAAAACAUUGACGGAUGUUCCCAUGCCCACAAGGACGUGCACACCGCACAGUUCAACAUCGUCUUCUACUACGGAUAAAACGGUUCGCCUUGACCGUCGCUACCUCGAUUUCAACCGCCAAACGUUCGCGUACCAUGCUUUAGGGGCAACUGGCCCUGACGUCCCUGCUAGCUUUGAUACACCUACCGGACAGUAUCUCACAAAUGAUAUCGAGGGCACUCGAAGUCAAUACAAAUUGACCACAGAACUUGGCUGCGCUCCCCAAUCAUACUACAUUGCGGCGAGUCCUUACAACUGCCCGGAUAACAUUUAUACGUUGGUGAGAUCCGCUUUGAAUGCAACAGUGCAUGGGAACAAUUCGGAUUCUGCCAGAUUGAUUAUCUUCAACACCUACGGUAUACGUUACGAUUUAUAUCAGGGUCCGUUCACUGUUGGGGACGCGUUCACUGUUAGCUCGUACGCGGACAUAUUUUACUAUAUUGCAGAUGUUCCCUAUGAUGACGUAACAAAGAAACUUCAGGGGGAAUUGAACGCUCGAAAGGGAUCUGAUCCAGAUUAUGAGGAGCCAAAGAAAGACUGUGGCAGUAACAGCGUCAGAUUGUCUACCAGUCGAUACGCGGGUGCUUCUCAGCAAAACGUGCUUACCAGUCGUGCAAGUGACCCGGACAACCUCAAUCCUGGACAUGUUACAAAAGACGAUUUUGGUGAUUGUUCUGUCAACCCAGAGGACUGCGGCGAUGACACGCUGCACAUCCCACGCCUGGAAAAUGAACCGCAUCCGUACUUUAUGCAAGUCAAGGGCAACAUUGAUGAGAACGAGACGAAGACAGUGGACGUGGUCUUUACAAUUGACAUACAAAAAAGUAUUAUAGAUCUCCUCGGUCUCAAAGACCCGGUCGUCAAGCCCUACAUGGAUGAGUCGUUUACCACGAGGGAUUUCUUGCAGGUCUAUGCAAAGACGGUCUGGUGUGAGAAGCCUACCUGCGAGAUCGGGCCAUGA